AUGGAAGGAACUCGUCUGUUACAGUUUGAUGACGACGCCAAGAAAGAAAAUAGAGUUGAUAAGCGAUUGCAUCUUGACAGCCCAUCUGCCGUCCUCUCUCCGGCAAACAAAAUUCCCUUCAAGAAGUUAUGCUGCCCACCUACGCCCUUAGAAUCAAGAAUGAAUAUUAUGCUGAAUGUUGCGGAUCCUAACCUUGAAUCAACUUUUAUGGAACCCAGCCGCGUCAAUGCUAGUUUAAGGAUAGGCGAUGCUAAUCUGGAAAUGACCGCACUUGAGGAAACUGUUUGCAGUUCAAGCACAGAUAUAAAAAAUGUUACCAGUGAUGAAAAUGCAGAUUUGAAAGCUUUAGAAAAAGUCCCAACUGUGACUUCUGAAGGAAGUGUGGGAACAACAAAAGGGUUUUCGCUCAAACAGGAAAUGGAAAACUUAGAUAAUUUCCAUGUGGUUGCUGAGAGCAGUUUUCCAGAAGUGGAUAGCACCGUGAACGAGCACACUGAAUCGGAAGUUGCAAUGAACUUUGAAAGUGCAUCUGAGAACAGCUUAGUCAGUAAGGAUCAUGAUGCUGAAGAAAGCGAAGCAGUUGGAAGUGAAAGUUUUUGUAAUUCAUGCCGUAAAGGCGCUGAUUCAAACGAUCAAACGACCGUAAAUCAGGAAACGCCUGAAGAGGUGUUAAUGGAAGAGGAGCCAUUGGAGCAAGAUGGUCAGUUAGAGUGUCUUGGUGGUGACAACCGUAAUGCGCGGAAGAGUGAGAUCGAUGUCCCCAAAAUACUAGAAGCGAAGAAGAAAGGAGUCAAACUUGACUGUGUCAAUCCUCCGUCAACUCCUAGAAGUCUUCAGCGGUACGCAAAAGAGCGGGUUGCGGAUUAUUCGUUUAUAAUUUCCGAGACUUUUUGCGAAAAAGAAGUCUUCUGUGAGAAUUGUUACAAGCUAAGAGUGGAGCUAGAGAAGUUAAGCGAAAAGUAUUCUGCCCUGGUUUCGUCCGGCCCAAAUAACGUUGUAGAAGAUAGUACGGCGCACCAGAGUUUUGUUUGUCAACUCGAGGAUGAUUGUAAAAGACGGAUGGAGCUAGCGAAAAAAGACCUUGAGGACUACAAAUUUUGCAUGGAAAUGGAACUUCAAAGAGCCAAGGAGGACGAUCGGAAAAAAAUCAUAGAGAUUUGCGAGUUAAACGCUAAGGUCGAGGACUUAGAAGCAUUUAAAAACACUAUGGUUGGUAAUGCUUCUUUACACAAGGAAUUGGAAGUUAAGUUCGAGAUGCUAGUGAAAGAAAAAUUGGAGCUUGAGGAAAAGGUCACGUUUCUCGAAACAAAGGCAGUUGCAGACGGCGAGUUGGAAGUUUUAAAAAAUUUAUUAUCUGAGGCAAAACGAACUGCAGAUGAGGUAAUUUGCGCUUUAUAAUU